GGGCCUCCGCCAGGUUAAAGUGGCCGAGCUCCCGCCGCGCCCCGUGCCCUCCGCCAUGGCCCUUCCGCCCCUCGCCCCGCUGCUGCCGCUGCUGCCGCUGCUGCUGUCGCUCCCGGGCGUCCCUGCGAUGGCCCUGGACACCUCCGCGGGGGCGGCCGGCUGCAAGCCGCACGGCCUGUGCCUGCAGAGCACCCCCAGGGUGACCGACGCACCCCCAGUCAACGUCACCCUGUACUACGAGGCGCUGUGCGGCAGCUGCCGGAUGUUCCUGGUGCGCGACCUCUUUCCAACCUGGCUCCUGGUGCUGGAGAUCCUCAACGUCACGCUGGUGCCCUACGGGAACGCCGUGGAGCGGAGCGUCAAUGGCUCCUGGGAGUUCAGGUGCCAGCACGGCGAGCAGGAGUGUAAGCUGAACAAGGUGGAGGCCUGCGUACUGGACCAGCUGGAUCAGGACGCCGCCUUCCUGACCAUCAUCUGCCUCGAGGAGAUGGAGGACAUGGAGAAGAAGCUGACGCCGUGUCUGCAGUUAUAUGCGGCCAAUGUGUCAGCGGACAGCAUCAUGGCAUGUGCGGAGGGGGAGCGCGGCACACAGCUGCUGCACCGGAACGCACAGCUCACGGAUGCCCUGCAGCCGCCGCAUGAAUACGUGCCCUGGGUCCUCGUCAACGGGAAACCUUUGAAAGACCUGAGCCAGCUUUUGAGUCUGGUCUGCCAGCUGUACCAGGGCCAGGAGAAGCCAGACAUCUGCUCGGCCAUGGGCAGCACCCGAAGAGAGGUCUGCUUCAAAUGAGGCUGGGGCCCUAAGGGAGCCCAUGGAGGAAGGGCAAGAGUCCAACUGCCCCUUUGUCCCAUCUCCAACCUCAGUGGAGACAACCGACUAAACAGAACUCCUACACGUCCCACAAAGCUCACACCAAAGUCCCCUCCUGUGAUCCAGAAUCUUGCCUCGCUGACAGUGGUGCUAAAUCAAAACUAAUUUGAUAAAUAAUAAACCAUUUUGGCUGUUGUGAUUCA